GGUGGUUGAACCAUUCUGACUUGGGAAGAUCCGUUGGCUAUCUCACUGCGUCUUUUCCAGUUCUUUUUAGGCUUUGGUUGGGGAUCUUUCUAGCCAAUGAAAAAGCGACAUCUGAGCUCUCCCGUCCCGCCUACAUUCGAGGUUUCACUUUUCUUGUUGGCAUACAUUUGAUGCUUCUCGGUGGUCGAUUGCGUUUACGUGUUGGUUAAGACACUCGAAGCCACAUCCUUUCCAGCAUUCUUAGGGUUCCAUGUCUUCCUUUGUGCCUUUUUACAACAAUGAUUGUUUAUGUGAGAAGUCGAAGUGAGUGCGAAAAUGGCGGAUGUUGAUAUUUAAUGUGUUCUUUUCUUACAGUUUCUUCUUCAAUAACUUGUCUUUGAAGACCUGCUUCGAUUUCUUCGGGCUGUGAUUUCGCUUUAAGUUUGUCAUUCUUCUGUUUCUUCUCUGAUGAGUUCCUAAGUGGCCCUUUUGAACUCGCCCAGGCACAAGGAGAAAAUCUAGAAGAUUGCAUGGUUUUCUUUGGCAUAAUGAUACCUAAAGUUUUUCAUUCGUAGUAGACACAGAUGAAUAUCUCUGCUCUUUUAACUUCUGCUGGCAUCAAUAUAGGCGUAUGUGUGCUGCUUUUUUCACUAUAUUCUGUUUUAAGAAAACAACCAGGCAAUGUGAGUCUCUACUUUGGUCGGAAGCUUGCUCAAGAGAAAAUUAAACAGAGGGGUUCUUUCCACUUUGAGAGAUUUGUUCCUUCUCCUAGCUGGAUUGUUAAGGCAUGGAAAACAUCAGAAGAAGAGAUCUUGGCAAGUGCAGGGUUAGAUGCUGUGGUCUUCCUGAGGAUACUUGUUUUCAGUAUUCGAAUAUUCUCCAUUGCUGCUGUCAUUUGCAUGCUACUAGUUCUUCCAUUAAAUUAUCAUGGGCAAGAAAUGCAUCAUAAGAAAAUUCCUUCUGAGUCUCUGGAUGUAUUUACCAUUGGGAAUGUCGAGGAAGGAUCACGAUGGCUUUGGGCCCAUUGUCUUGCAUUGUACAUCAUCUCUUGUUCAGCUUGCAUUCUUCUUUAUUUUGAGUACAAGAGAAUUGCUAAAAUGAGGUUGGAAUAUAUUUCUCGAUCUUCUUCCAGCCCAAGUCAAUUUUCAGUUCUUGUCCGUUCCAUCCCAAGGUCUCCAGAAGAAUCAUACAGUGAUUUAGUGAGGAAUUUCUUCACAAAAUAUCAUGCAUCAAGCUACCUAUCACACCAAAUGGUUUAUCGGUCUGGAACAGUUCAGAAACUGAUGAGGGAUGCAGAGAAGAUGUAUAAGGUGCUUCACGACUAUGGGUCAACCUCUAUUGGGCAGACUUGCCGGCCAAGUUUUUUAAAAUGUGGCCCUUGUCAAGGAACACUAAAUUGCUUCAAGAUGUUACCUUGUGAACCUGAGCAUUCAGUGGAGAAACCUGACCUUGAACAUUUGGAUUCAAGUAUAAAAGACAAGGAAUGUGGUGCUGCUUUUGUUUUUUUCAGGACUCGCUAUGCGGCUGUUGUUGCUUCACACGUCCUUCAAUCUUCAAAUCCCAUGUUAUGGGUUACUGACUUGGCCCCGGAACCAGAAGAUGUUUAUUGGUCAAAUCUUAGCAUCCCCUGUAGGCUGCUUUGGCUUCGUCAGAUAGCAACACUUUUGGCUUCGUUUGUUUUCACUGUUUUGUUUCUUAUUCCUGUCACAUUAGUACAAGGUCUGACUCAACUAGAGCAAUUACAACAAAAUUUACCAUUUCUGAGAGGUAUUUUGAAGAAGACUUAUGUCAGUCAGCUGGUUACGGGCUAUCUACCAAGUGUAAUAUUGCUGUUGUUUCUGUACAUUGUUCCUCCAUUGAUGAUGUUAUUUUCGGCAGUGGAAGGAUCAAUAUCACAUAGUGGCAGGAAAAAGAGUGCAUGCUGCAAAGUCCUGUACUUCACCAUCUGGAAUGUUUUCUUUGUUAAUGUUUUGUCUGGAUCUGUCAUUGGCCAGCUGAAGACAGUUAUCUCAAAGCCAAGAACCAUACCUGCUGUACUUGCUACAGCCGUGCCAAGGCAGGCUGCUUUCUUCACAACGUAUGUUUUAACUUCAGGUUGGGCAGGUUUGGCCUGCGAAGUUGUGCAAAUUUUCAGUCUUAUCUGCAGCCUGUUCUGUAGAUGCAUACUCAGAAGAAAAGACAUUUUGUUCUUCAGUGCUCCAUCUUUUCCAUACCACACACAAGUUCCAAGAGUUCUUCUGUUUGUACUUCUUGGCUUCACUUGUUCAAUCCUGGUGCCUCUAAUAUUGCCUUUCUUGCUGGUAUACUUCUUUCUAGGCUAUCUUGUGUAUCGUAACCAGAUUCUUAAUGUGUAUCUUACAAGGUAUGAAACCGGUGGACAGUAUUGGCCUAUUGUGCACAAUACCAUGAUCUUCUCAUUGGUGCUGGCGCAUAUAAUAGCUAUUGGGGUUUUCGGAUUAAAACGCUCACCAGUUGCAUCAGGGUUCACCAUUCCAUUGGCAAUAUGCACACUACUAUUUAAUGAGUACUGUAGGCGGCGGUUUCAUCCAAUUUUUAAGAUUCCUCCUGCGGAGGUUCUAAUUGAGAUGGACCAGCAAGAUGAGCAGAGUGGGCAGAUGGCGGAGAUUUAUCAAAAACUACAGUCGGCCUACUGUCAGUUCACACUUGACUUGCAUAAUCCCUUUUUUAAGAAUUCUUCUGCUGAGGUUCUCAUUGAAAUGGAUCAGCAAGAAAAACACAGGGAUCGGAUGGCAGAGAUUCAUCAACAAUUGCAAUCAGCCUACAGUCAGUUGACACUGAGCUCAAAUACGCACAAUUUAUGCAAAGCCGAGGGCUCAGACCAUUCUGGUAAUUUAUGUAAAGCCGAGGGCUCAAACCAUUCUGGAGAUGUGGACAGCAUCCAGGAUCCAGAAGACACGAAGCCAGGUUUUGUUACUCAUAAGACCCAAUAAAUUCUCUAUAUCAGUCUGGAAAGUACUCAGUUUCUGUUCAUGUACCUCACUUCUCGUCUUCUCAGGAGAGGGAGUUGCCAACCAAUAUAGCAAAGCAUGGACUAUCCAUUGCAUCUUGAAAAGCAAAGAUGCAAAUGGUCUGUGUAUAGUUUCUCUUUGAUAGAUUCAUGCCUUACCACCAUCAUUCAGAUGGUGCUUGAUGAAAGUAAUACAAAUAGACAGUGGCGCAUGGUGAAAACUGUUUCUUGGCAUAAUGCAAGUGAAUUCCUCAUGCCAGAUUAGAAUA